GAAUAAAGGGUGUAUAUUACAACGCUUUCAGGUUUCGUCAAAUAAACUCAUCAUAAGAAGUUACAGAAGUGGAAGGACUUGGGCACAGAAUAUUCAAAAGUCGAAAUCUUUGAGGAUAUAAGAUGAGCAGCGUAAUGCAAAACCCGAACCAAAAAUCGUACCCAAACCCGAAUAUAAACCACGCAUCGAGCCCAAACCCACAUCCAAAACCAGCUCCACUUUCAAAUUCCAAGCCCCUGACGUAUGAUGAAGUCUCCAAGUUGUUCUCUUUGCCACUCGCCGAUGCUGCUGAUUCUCUCGGUACCUCAUACUGCUCUCUCUCUCUGUGUAUUAAUGUCUGCUUUUUUGUGGGUUCUUUUAGUUUGUUCUUUUUCCUUUUUUGUUUUCGUUAAUUUGGCAUUGUUAUUGUGUUUUUUUGGGUCUUUUUGGUUGUUAGAUCUGUUGAUAGCAAGCUAAAGUUCAAUAGAAGAUGGUCUUAAUACAAGCGCUCUGAGGAAGUUUUGCCAUGAAAAUGGUUUAGCCAGAUGGCCAUAUCGCAAGCUACCCGGACUAGAGGAAUAACGAGGCAAAGCACUAUUCUCCUAGUUGGAAGCUAGACUCGCGACCUAGUAUCAGGAAGCUUGAGUUAAUAUGGACAUGAAUAUUUUACUUCUUGGAAAGAGUAUUGAGCAAGUCAAAGAGGAAACUGCUAGGGAAAGAACCAAGCGACUUAAUGAAGGGCUAAAAGAUUCUGGGAGAGCACGUGAUGAUACGAAUCCAGCUGCAGCAUCGGUUCAGGGCCUCCAGCUUCAUAACAAACCAACGAGCUCCAACCUAGACUUGUUGAAAUCGCAAACUGUCAUGCAGCCGCAAGGAAAUAAGAAUCUACAAGUUGCGGUCCCUCAGGUGCAACAUGCGGAGACAGAUGAAUUUAUUUUUGGAUUUCCCUCUGAUGGACUGUCAACUGUUUCAUAUCGAUGGUGGGGAAAGAAUAGUUCUGGUGGCAGCAUGGACAGCUCCUUAAAAUCUGGUAAAGACACCUCGGUGGAUAGCAAUAGCAUUGCUUCAAAGACAGAUGGAAAAGACUUGCAAACCAAGGAACGUGAUAUCAGUACUGGUUCUCCGGAGACAGGUUCACUAUCUUCUUUAAGGAAAAGAGCCGCUGAGGAAGGGCGGGAAGCUCUGAAACGCGGCGUUCACCGUAGAUUUGAUGCAAAUAAACUUGAUCCGGCAAAGACGCAGGUGCUUCAACAGAUUUUCAAGUCUUCACCGUCAACUGAAUUAGUUAACGAAUCAGUUUAACCUCAAAAGCAUGGAUGGACUACUUGAGAGUUGAAACAUGGAAAGAUCUGUUCUGUAGUUGAUAUGAAUACUUUCAGAGCAAACUGGAACGUUGUAAUGCGUGCUUUUUAACUACUGGUAAUCUUGUAACUACUGGUAAUCUUUGUGGUCGGUAGCCAAUCGAAGGCAACUAAUCUUCACGCAUUAUUCAUUCCGUCCCAAAAAAGAAGUCAUACUUAUUCCUGCUUAUUUUAACAAACCCGACUCUUUCUUUGGUCUUUGGGAGAAAUGGACCGUAAUCAGAACUAUGAGUCUUAACAAAGGUCUAGUGAAUAACUGUUAUUAUUAUUAUUGUUGUUAUUAUCCCUUUCAUGUCCUUAAUUAGUACUUAGAUAUGCCAAUUCUUGUAAUAGAACUAAUUAUGAAAAUGUACAUUAUUUCAGGUUUAGCAUUCUGGUUCCCAUAUUUACAUAUACACUCCUUUAAAAUAAAUUGGAUAAUUAUUUUAAGACGGGAGUAUUUAGCAUCCGAGUGAUGAGGUUUCAAUGGCCAAA